AUGUCAUCUGGGAAACGCAAAGUCUUAAUCACCGGUUGCUCUGAUGGCGGUCUAGGCGCCGCACUAGCCAUCGCCUUCCACAGAGCUGGACUUCAUGUCAUUGCAACGGCGCGCAACCCAGCCAAACUGAAGCGAUUAGAAGCGCUCGGCAUUGAGACAUAUACGCUGGAUACCCUCUCCGACUCCUCCAUCGCGGAGUGUGUCAGUAAAUUGGCCGAGCUCGAUAUACUAGUCAAUAACGCCGGGAGCGGACACUGUAUGCCCGUGGCAGAUGUUUCCAUUGCCGAGGCUAAGAAGUGCUUCGAUCUCAAUGUCUGGUCUUACAUCGCUGUCGCGCAGGCCUUCUUGCCUCUGCUGCUAAAGUCCAAGGGAACCAUUGUGAACCAGACAUCCAUUGCAUCUGUCUUCAAUUUCCCCUUUCAGGCUUCAUAUAACGCCUCCAAAGCAGCAAUGGCCAUCUUCUCGGAUGCCAUGCGACGCGAGCUACAGCCCUUCGGUAUUACUGUCGUUGAUCUGAAAACGGGCAAUGUCAAUACCAAUUUCUUCGGUAACCAAAGAGGGGGGACGCCAGUGGUUCUACCCAAGGGUUCCAUCUACGAGCCGGCGAAGGAAGAGGUUGAAAAAACCCUGCGCGGCGAGAGAUAUGAGGGCAUGGGCAUGCCAGCCGAAGAGUGGGCGAGGCAAGUCGUACACGACCUGCUAAGACCGACACCUCCCUCUACCAUCUGGAGAGGCAACUAUGCAUUCAUAACGCGAAUUUUGGCUUGGUUACCACUUUCAUGGACGGACGGGAUCCUGAAGGAUACAACUGGAUUGUAUGCGGUGGAGAAGGCGCUGCAGAAAUAG